GCAACCAUGGGCAAGAUUGUCUUCUACGAGGAGAGGAACUUCAGCGGCCGUCACCAUGAGUGCAUGAGUGACUGCGCUGACCUGCACUCCUACUUCACCCGUUGCCAGUCCAUCAGGGUGGAGAGUGGCAUGUUCAUGAUCUACGACCGCGCCAACUACAUGGGCCACCAGCACUUCCUGAGGAGGGGGGAGUACUCCGACUGUCAGCGCAUGAUGAGCCUGACCGACUGUGUCCGCUCCUGUCGUAUGAUCCCUAUGCACCGCGGCAGCUUCAGGUUAAGGCUGUACGACACCCAAGACAUGGCAGGCCAGAUGAUGGAGCUGAGCGACGACUGUCCCAAUGUCAUGGAUCGCUUCCGCGCCCCUGAAAUCAGCUCCUGUCAGGUGAUGGAUGGCCACUGGCUGAUGUACGAGCAGCCCAACUACAGGGGCAGGAUGUUCUACCUGAGGCCCGGCGAGUACAGGAGGUACAGCGACUGGGGAGGCAUAAGCCCCAGGAUCGGCUCCAUCCGACGCCUCAUGGACCUCUGA